UCUCUUUUUAAAAAGACUUCAGUGUGUCUGGGCAGGUCUCCUGGGUCCCAGACUUAACUGCGUUCGGUCCGUGCGGUCCACCCCCCCCUCCCCACCCCCCGCCCAAGGUCGCCCCUCCGCCCUCGCCCCUGGCCCGGGAGGGUGGGAAGCUUUGUCCCACUCCCUGCCCAUCCGCGUCUCGGCAGCCGUAGCCGCACCUGCCUCGAUUAUGAAUGGGGUCAACGACCCACCUCUUUUUAUAAAAGAUAUUAAGCCCGGACUGAAAAACUUAAAUGUCGUCUUUAUUGUCCUGGAGAUAGGACGCGUGACCAAAACCAAAGACGGCCAUGAAGUGCGAUCAUGCAAAGUAGCAGAUAAAACGGGCAGCAUCACUAUUUCCGUGUGGGAUGAAAUCGGAGGUCUUAUACAGCCAGGGGAUAUUAUUCGUUUGACCCGAGGAUAUGCAUCCAUGUGGAAAGGAUGUCUGACACUUUAUACUGGAAGGGGCGGUGAACUUCAAAAAAUUGGAGAAUUUUGUAUGGUUUAUUCAGAAGUGCCAAAUUUCAGUGAACCUAACCUAGACUUUCGAGGACAACAGAGCAAAGGGGCACCCAGUGAGCAGAAGAAUAAUUCCAUGAAUAGUAAUAUGGUUACAGGUACAUUUGGACCAGUUGGAAAUGGGGUUUCCACUGGCCCAGAAUCAAGGGGAUGCCAAUUUUCAUAUGCUGGUAGAAGCAAUGGCCGGGGACCUAUAAAUCCACAGCUACCAGGAACAGCUAGUAAUCAAACAGUUAUGACCACAAUAAGUAAUGGCAGGGACCCUCGGAGAGCCUUUAAAAGAUGACCUAUGCCAAAUACUCACACGUAGUUGUGAAACUACGUGUCCUUACUUGAACACUUAUUGCACUUUUAUUUAUUGUUAACUGUGAAGACUGUCCAUUGCUGGUUUUCUUUUAUGUUUUGGUUUGUUAACAUGAGUGGUUUGUUUUUAUAGAAAAACUGUAAAGCUGCUUGUCUCCUAUUGAAGAAUGGGAGCACUCGGAAAAAGUAGGGGCAUUUAUUUUUAGAACAAAAAGAUCCUCAGAUAUCCUUUAACAAGUACUGCACCCUUUUCAUGGGUCAGUUACUCAAGAGCAUUAUGGCCUCUAUGAGUCUAUGUUCUGUGUCCUUUUUUGUAAUACUUAAAAUAAGGCUUAGUGGGAGAUGAUCUUUGUCUUACAUUCAAAUAUUGCAAGCUAAAGCAAUAACCACACACACACACACACACAAAAGCAAAAAACCCCUUUACCAGGAAAACAAAAGCUCUGUCAUUAUGAACAGUUUUGAAUGUAACUCUAAUACUGAUUGUCUUUUCAUUGACUACCAUUGAGACUUAUCACAUUGAGCCAUCUAAAUUGUUUUAUUACCAAAAAUGUCCUUUAUCAGAAUUCUGAAACACAUUGUGAUCUGUGUGGUAAAAAGUAAUUUUUAGGUAAAAAUCUGUUUAUUUUAGGGCUGUAUUCUUAGUAUUUGUCAAUUCUGUGUAUUUCAUUGGAGGAAAUUUAAAACUGAGGCCUUAAAAAUUUUUUGGAACUACCAUGUCAAAUAGGGAACUACAGUGUCUUUGAAAACAUUGAUCUAAUUAUUUUUUUAAAUUAUGGUAAAAUUAUAGUGAAGGUGAUUCAAAUUGAAUUUAUGUAGCGACAUUGCACUCUUAAGUUAUAGGGUCUUAGGUACUUAGAGAUACUCAGCCUUGAGUGAAACUCUUAGGUACGUAAUUUAUUUGAGGUGUGUGUGUGUUUAUCAAAUUUUCUGAACACAGUUCACAUAGCCUUAACAACAAAAGUUAAAAAUGACUCUCAAAGAAGCAAAUGCAGCUUUAUUCAGAAAUGCGAAGUUAGUACUGAUGUAUGUAUAAAAGAGGUCCCCAGUUUCACUCAUUACUGUAGGGGGUGGAUGACUACUCUUUCUUUUUUUUUGUUAAAAAUUCAGCUCUUUAAUAUUCUCUCAAAUAAAACUUGCAUUAAUGUUAACAGA